CGGUGGGGAGCACUAAGAGAGCAUCACCUCAGCUGAGCACUAACAGAUUCGACACACAUUAAACCACCACCUCCUCUCCACCAGGAAAAUGAAGGGGGUUUUUGUGCUUCUUUCUCUAGCAACAUGGUGCUUUUCAGCUGUUGCCCUGGGCAGUGAGGUAGACUGUAGUAAGUACCCCCGGGGUACUGCUGAGGAUGGCAAAGUAUUGACAGCCUGCCCAUUUAUCCUGGCUGAAGUCUGUGGCACGGAUGGCGUCACUUACCCCAGCGAAUGUGCACUGUGCGCACACAAUUCAGAACAUGGGACCAAUGUUAGCAAAAAGCACGAUGGGAAAUGCAAACAGGAAAUUGUGCCGCUUGACUGUGGUCAGUACCCCAGGAUUAAAGCUGAGGAUGGCAAAGUUCUGAUAGGCUGCCCAAGGAUCCUGGCUGAGGUCUGUGGCACAGAUGGCGUCACUUACCCGAAUGAAUGUAUGCUGUGUGCCCAUAACCUAGAACACGGGGAAAACAUUAACAAAAAGCAUGAUGGAGAAUGCAAACAUGAAAUCGGCCUGCUUAAUUGUAGUGAGUACCACCGCGGCACAGUCCUGAUAUCCUGCCCAAGGAUCCUGGCUGAGGUCUGUGGCACAGAUGGCAUCACUUACCCCAAUGAUUGUAUGCUCUGUGCCCAUAACUUGGAACACCGGACCAGUGUUGGCAAAAAGCACGACGGCAGGUGCAAAGAGAAAACAGCUGCAGUAAGUGAAACCUGUUGCACACCUGAGUGCACUUCACACCGCAGGGCUACUACUGACGAUGGCAAAGUACUGCUCGUCUGUCCCAGGAUCCUGGACCCAGUGUGUGCCACAGAUGGGAUCACUUAUGCCAAUGAAUGCGAGAUGUGUGCCCAUAACCUAGAACAUGGGACCAAUGUUAGCAAAAAGCACGAUGGGAAAUGCAAACAGGAAGUUGUGCCGGUGGAUUGUAGUAAGUACCCCCGAGGAACUACUGAGGAUGGCAAAGUUCUGACAGCCUGCCCACUCCUCCUGGCUGAGGUCUGUGGCACAGAUGGCAUCACUUACCCCAACGAAUGCAGGCUGUGUGCCCAUAACUCGGAACAUGGAACCAGUGUUACCAAGAAACACCAUGGGAAAUGCAAACAGGAAACUGCAAUGGUUGACUGCAGUGAUUACGUUACACCCAGCUCCAGCUGCACGCAGGAGUACAUACCCCAUUGCGGCUCUGAUGACAAAACCUACGGCAACAAAUGUCUAUUCUGCAGUGCAGUUGCGUACCUUGAUUGCACCCAGUACGACCAAGAACCGUUUGUGUACGAUGGCGAGUUACUAUGCCCAGAAGUGGUUAGCUUUGUCUGCGGCACAGAUGGUGUCACCUACUGGCAUGAAUGCAAGAUCUGUAGGCUAAUCUCAUGUCCACAAACAUCAUCUACUCAGCAGAGCAGCUACAGACUUGACUCCCACUCACCCAUCACCUCCACCAUGAAGAUAAGAGGUGUCUUUGGUCUGCUCGGUCUGGCGCUUUUCAGCUCUUUUUCCGGUGUCGCCAAUGGGGCAGGUCAGCCUCUUUGCAGUCUCUACACAGUGCUUCCCAGUAGAGAAGUUCCUUGUCCCAGGAUGGCUGACCCAGUCUGUGGCAGUGAUGGCGUCACCUACCCCAAUGAGUGUUUGUUCUGCAGAGAAAUCCUACGUGGCAACAAGAUUGUCAAAAAGCAUGAUGGAAGAUGUGUUCAGGUUGACUGCACUGGCUACAUGAAAACACCCACAGGUCAGGAAGCGGCCUGCACGCUGGAGUACAGCCCAAUCUGUGGCACUGACGGCGUUACCUAUGGCAACAAAUGUGCUUUUUGCUCUACUGUCGCGAAUGGAGCAGACGUUGACCAGAACAAUGAUGGAGAAUGUCCCCAGACUAAGUAACAGAAAACUUCACCUCAGGCAGUAUGGGGAAUGCUGAAUCCCCAGUGGUGCCGAGUUGAUAGUGGCCCUUUUGCUUGCACUUUCCGCCAGCAAAGCCCUGCAAUGAAAUACCUUCUCCCUUCACCCCAGAUUCCGGCAGCUCACCGGGGCUUCUCGGUCCCUCUGUUGGCUUGAUCAAUAAAGUAAACUCAGCAGCA